UGUGUGUGCGCGCUGCUGCCUUUAUGCAAUGUCUGUCUCUGUCUCUGUCUCUGUGUGUGUGUGUGUGCGGACCAAGACAGGACAGGACGCACACAUGACCGAUGGCUGGCUGGAUGGCUGGAAGGAAGGAAGCGAGCAACACAUGCAAUCAAACCAAGGGCGUGGCGUCCAUCAUGAAGCCCGUACCACACACAACACGCACACCCACACACACGUACAUUUGUUUCCCCGUGAGUGAUAAAUAACACACUGACAGACACAUCAAUCACAUCAGCUCUCAGUCGUCGCAAGGGCGAUGGAUGGAUGGAUGCCAGCUGACCUGACAGAGUCACCCACCCACCCACGGCCAGCCGGAGCUGACUGAUUGACAGCAAUCCCUCCACCCACACCCACACCAGCACUCACUCACCUCACCGACCCAUACAUACGUAACAUAACAUAAAGCAAAGAAAGCAAGCAACGAAAAAGCGGACCGACUGACUAACAGUAGGUGCUGGUGGGGCUGGGCUGUUUGAUAGAUACGUAUGUACAGACAGGACACGGCACGGCAUGGCACCCAUCGAUAUCCUCGGGAGGGAGGACACACAUCCAUCCAUCCAUCCAGGCAGGCAGGCAGGCACACCUGUGCCGUGCGUGUCUUUCUUUUGACAGAUCCUCUCUCUCGUUUGACACGAGGGAGGACGCGGGCCAGCAACACUCACACACAGAGAGAUCGAUGUCACAGACAGACAGACAGACAGACCUGCAUGCGGUACGGUGUGCCACCACCGCAGAAUCCCGCAGGACUUUUAACACAGAUCGGAUCGGCUUCUGUGUGUCACGAUGUGCAUCCGUCCAGCCGGCCACACUGACUGGCUGGCUGGGUCGUGUCGUCAAGUCCUGAUAGUCUGCAGCUCCAUCGCCGCCGACCUAUCCUCAAGCAACAACGCCUCGUCAACACGACUGGCCACAGACACAGACACAGGGAGACGACGCAUGCACUGCACGUGUCUCUGCCUGCCGUUUGUGCUGUGCCGUGCUGUGCUGUGCUGUGGUGGGCUGCGGUGUGUGGUUGGCUUAGCUACUUGUAGUGCCUUCUGGCCUUCAUGAAGAGCCACCACGCCGCCGCGGCCAAACCCACCACAAUAAAAACCCACAGCGCCAGAUUCAUCAAGAUGCAGUGGGCCAUCCGCGCAAGGCUCCCCGGCUCCAGAUAGUCCUUCUCAACGGGACAAGUCGCAUCCGCCGGCAGCACCGACGCCGCCGACCGCACGAAGCCCAUGCGGUUGUGGUGCGGGUCGGUGAGAUCGAAAAUGACGUAGUAGGAGCGGAGGAAGGUCAUGCCGAGGAUGACGGCCACUGGGAGGGACUCGCCCCGCUCGAUGCCCAGCACACCCGUGCAGAAGCCGAAGGGGCGGCGGAUCUCUAUCACAUACUCUUCGGGGGCCACACACAGGGGGAAGGGAUUGCCUGAACCAACCAACCAACGAACGAAUGGACCAGAUAGACGUGACGAGGGGCUUGCAAAGGGAUCGGCGUUUCCAUCCUUCUGACUGACAUGUUGCGUACAUACCUGCUUGGUCGAUGAUCUCCAGCCUUAGCCGAGGGUAUGGUUCAGAAAACCACCCCAUGCGAGACGGACACUUGCAGUACUGACCGAUCGACCGACCGACCAUAUACGCACGGUGGACGCCAUGCACCGCACCGCACAGUCACACCAAACACACACCCAACUGACUGUUGGUUGUAUCAUUAAUGUCUGUGCGGUGCGUCCCUCGCUGUGCUGUGGCUGGCUUAUGUAGAUAGAUCCAUACCAUCUCUAGUUGGUCGGUCAUUCUGUUUCUCCUCGGUGUGCACAGCCGUUUGGCCAUCAGCUGCUCUGCUAACCUGGCGGUCGUACCAUACACACACACCAACUAUAUAUGGUGUCGUCGGCUGGGCUGCCGUGUCCUACCCCACCCACGUACCUGACUACCUACCUACCUGUCGAAUAUGCGAUGCUUCAUGACGAUGAGGGACGUGCCUGCAGUGAGACAUCACGCACACACGUGGGUACGAUGUGGGUUGAUGUGUGUGUGGACAGGACAGGUAGGUCUGUCUACUCUACCUGAGUCGAUGAGUGCUGGCACCCUGUGUGGUUCGUCGCGGAAACUCACCUCCUCACCACUGCCACUCAAUGCUGCACAGCACAGCACACCACAGCACAUACAUACACCACACCGGAGACUCCAAGACAGCACAUCCGAAUAAGAAACGCGCGCGCUCGUGUGUGCGUGCCGCCGGCUGAGCUGACCGAUUCCGUUGAUAGUUGCGUGCCACCCCCUCUUCAUGCGCAUCCAGUAGGGGUCGCUGAAGGUCACGCCGGCCAGCAUGGACGAAUUAGACGAACUCGCGCUGGGCGGAAGAGGCGACGGCCUCUUGGCGUGCUGAUCCAACACUGCAGAUAUGAUGGAUGGGUGGCAGAGACACACACACAUGGAAAGGAUAGCAAACAAAGGUGAGGUGGGUGAAGAUCGCAACGAUUGAUUGAUCGUCACUUGCACUGAUUGCACUGAUUGCACUGACAUGGGUCUCCGAAGGUGAGUGCCGAUCCGUGUGCGUCGGGUGUGAGGUAGAAGCUGAAGUGCCGCGGCAUCGAUGGGUUCUCGCGGAACAAAGACCGGAUGAACGUCGACGCGUUACGCAGAUGACGCUCCAUGUCGGUGUAAUGCGACAAACCUGCACACACACACAGACACACACACACACACACACAGAGGUAGAGAGUGGGAAAGACAUCCACACAUAGCUAACGUGUAAGAAGAUAUCUAUCAGUGCGGGGCGGGGCGGGCAAGCUGGGAGGCUUACUUACCGAGUAUGCCGUCGGACAUCAUGAUUGCCUGUGGUGACUCGUAGUCGGUGACCUCGAGCAUGAACUGCCUCUCGACCGUCACGUUGCCUCCAUCCACACCCACUAUCGCAAGACGGUCCAGCAGCGUCCGGCCCUCGACUGCAGCAAGAGACCAACAUAUCCACCACACAAGCAAGGAAGGAACGAAGCCCUAAUGACACGGUCAGUCCUCUCUCCUCUCUCACUGCAGUGCACUGCCUGACUUGAAGUGAGAUCUCCGUAUUUUUCGCUCUUGAUCUGCCCCAGCCACAGGGCCGUCGAUGACGCAUCCACAUCAUAACGCUGCAUGGCAUGGUGGCAUGGUGGCAUGCCGUCCAUCCAUCCACACCACAGACAGACACGACACACCGUCGAGUUGAUGUGAUCCAUGGCAUGCCCUCCCUCACUGUGAAUGAGUGAGUGUGAGUGCCAUUUGUGCACUCACGUGUGCGCCUUCAGUGCAUGUAGAGCAGCGGACACUCGGAAUCCUAACACACAUACACACACAAACACACACACAGAAGCACAGCAGAGAGAGGCUCACAGAAAGGAAUUAAUGAACAGACAGGCAGGUGUUCGUCAGGCAUGUGUGUGGAUUCCUCUCUCCGUGCCUCCCUCACCAGACAUCCGCACUGCCUGUGUCAGGGAUCAUGGUGAAGUUUUGCUCGUAGUUCAGCCUCGACUUGCCUAUCUGCACCUCGAGCAAAUACUGAGUCUCCUGAUCGAUGUUACAUACAUAUCAAGACCAGGAGAAAGACAGACAGACAAUGUGGUCUUCACGGGAGUCGCCAUUGGCCAAUGAUGUGGCGUACCUGGACGUUCUUGAGAGCGGCGGAUGUGCCCGUCAGCCGUCUGCCGUGCCUGUCACUCCUCGGGUCUCUCGCGCGCCUCACCAUGGGCACUCUGAUCGAUUUGACGCCGCCUGACGCCCAGCAGAGAGCGUCGAGGCCCAACACAAAUAUCAGGACGCCACAAGUCACUGCCGUCAUUGUUAAGGAGCCACGCGUCAU